CCUGAUUUUCGAAUUAAAGCCCCAAAGAAAAGCCCAUCUGGACUGGUUCGAAAUCGAUCUCUAUCUCCUGAAGCCAUGGAGACCCUACUCAUCGACUGUGUACAGAGCAGUCUUCGACAUUUCAUGCCCCGGAACUCCAUUUUUCUCUGCGAGCGCCUGUGCGCGGAGUUUCCUACGGAGUUGAAUUUACAACUAUUGGCUAGCUGUUACUUGCACAACAAUCAAGCUUACUGUGCAUACCACAUUUUGAAAGGAAAACAAAUGGCUCAAUCUCGCUACUUGUUUGCAAUAUCAUGCUUUCAGAUGAAUCUUCUUAGUGAAGCUGAAGCAGCAUUAUGCCCUACUAAUGAACCUAAUGCAGAGGUUCCAAAUGGUGCUGCUGGUCAUUACCUUCUUGGGCUUGUUUAUAGGUACACUGAUAGAAGAAAAAGUGCAGUUGAUCACUUUAAGCAGGCGUUGUCAAUGGACCCCUUGCUAUGGGCUGCCUAUGAGGAACUCUGUAUAUUAGGGGCCGCAGAAGAAGCAAAUGCAGUUUUUAGUGAAGCAGCUGCUCUUUGCAUUCAACAGCAACAACUAAACCAUGGUUUGAAUCCCCAAAAUUUGCAAAUUGUCAGUGAGGAUCGUAUUACUGUUUUAAAUAGGACCUUGGGCUCAGAAGACAUGAGCCCUAGGCAGUUAAAAAAUACACAAGGAAAUAGUAUUAGAGAUAUACCAGGAAAUCAUCAUGGUGCAGUUCUGUCUGGUGGUCCAGCUAGUCAACCCUUCAAUGGUGGUUCUUCUAACAUGUCUGUGUAUAGUACUCCUUCACCAAUGCCAGCACAGUUAUCAGGUGUUGCUCCACCGCCUUUGUGUAGAAAUGUUCAGCCUAAUAUAAAUAUAUUGAGUGGUGAAAGCUCUCCAAGGUCAACAGUAAAUGCUACCAUCCAAGGCCCUCGAAGAAAGUUUGUUGAUGAAGGGAAACUACGGAAGGUUUCAGGAAGGUUAUUUUCUGAUUCUGGGCCUAGACGAAGUACAAGACUUGCAGGAGAAGCAGCAGCAAAUUCAAACUUGAAUGCUCCACAAGUUGGAGCAAAUGGAGCUGGCCAUUCUUCUGCUAGGUAUCUUGGAGGGAUUUCUUCAUCAUCUAAAUUGGGCUUGGCGGCUUCUCGUUCAGGGGCAGUUCGUAAGGGACAAACAAGUGCUAGUGAAAGUUUUGAUGAUGGUAGACGAUCUGAGUCUUUUGAUGACACUCGUUUAGAUAAUGCAACAACAAAUUCUUCUAGCGCAUCUUCAUCUGGUGAUGAUAAAUCUCUUGAACGGGAGAGAACAAGCACACAGAUGGGUGGGGUUCUCACAAAUGGUUCAAGAAUUUCAAGUGGUGUUUUGGAACUACUUGACCUUUUGAGAAUUCUUGGUGAAGGCUACAGACUUUCCUGUAUGUACAGGUGCCAGGAUGCAUUGGAUGUUUAUGCAAAGCUUUCACACAGGCAGUAUAAUACGGGAUGGGUGCUUUCCCAGGUUGGAAAAGCAUAUUUUGAGCUGGUAGACUAUUUAGAAGCUGAUCAAGCUUUUUCUCUUGCACGUCGAGCAUCACCUUGUAGUUUAGAAGGAAUGGAUAUAUACUCCACAGUUCUUUUUCAUUUGAAGGAAGAGAUGAAGUUGAGCUACCUUGCUCAGGAACUGAUCUCAACUGAUCGAUUAGCUCCACAAUCUUGGUGUGCUAUGGGAAACUGCUAUAGCUUGCAGAAAGAUCAUGAAACUGCUCUGAAAAAUUUCCAGCGUGCUGUUCAGCUAAAUUCAAGAUUUGCAUAUGCCCACACCCUUUGUGGUCAUGAGCAUGUAGUCUUAGAGGAUUUUGAGAAUGGAAUAAAGAGCUAUCAGAGUGCCCUUAGAAUAGAUGCAAGGCAUUAUAAUUCCUGGUAUGGUCUUGGUAUGGUAUAUCUUCGCCAAGAGAAGUUUGAGUUCGCAGAACAUCAUUUUCGAAGGGCUUUCCAAAUCAAUCCACGUUCAUCUGUUAUUAUGUGCUAUCUUGGAACAGCUUUACAUGCUUUAAAGAAAAAUGGGGAAGCUUUGGAGAUGAUGGAGAAAGCCAUAGUAGCAGAUAAGAAAAAUCCACUCCCCAUGUAUCAGAAAGCUAACAUACUAGUGAGUAUUGAAAAUUUUGAUGAAGCUCUGAAAGUUUUGGAAGAGCUUAAAGAGUAUGCACCUCAUGAGAGCAGUGUGUAUGCAUUGAUGGGUAAGAUCUACAAGCGGCGUAAUAUGUAUGAGAAAUCCAUGUUUCAUUUUGGACUUGCUCUGGAUUUGAAGCCAUCUGCAGCUGAUGUUGCUGCCAUCAAGUCUGCUAUUGAGAAAUUGCAUGUACCAGAUGAAACAGAGGACUUGUAGUUCACUUGCUAGAGAAGUGCAUGGAGUGAGAUGGAGUAAUGAUCUGACAGCUCUCACCCCCAUGGAGCUCGGCCUGCUUGUGCUCUCGACUAAGCCUGAACAAAACAGCCGGUAGACAGGGCCCUUUCAUUCUUAUGGAGAUUCCGCAAUAUGGGGAUCUUGUAACAUUGUCGUUACAUUUGUUUGUAUACUACCUGGGGAAUCUGCUUACUCAAAGCUGCAUGUAUGAGCAAUUACGAUUUACGACAUGUUGCCAAACAGGCUUGUAUCAUUGGUUUGAACUUUGUAAGAACUGCAAUUUUGGCGGAUACAUUUCUCCAGAGAGGAAAAUGAGUUCUGUUGCAAGCA